AUUCAAAUUUCCAUUCGGAAUGUACAACAUUUUUUUGUUAAUAAUGGCUUUGAGCCUGAGCUCAGCGCUCCAGGCUUUCUCAGUUGAAAUGAAUGCGGAUGACAUUUGUGUAAGAAGGGAUGGAAAGCCAGGAUAUUGUGUGCAUCUGCGUAACUGUUCAUCUAUUUCCAUUAUGGUUAGCCGAAAAAAUAUGGGAAUUCCGUUUACAUCAGAUGAAACAACUUACAUCCAGAAUUCAAGAUGUCCCGUUCAUAAAAGAGGAUAUGUAUGCUGUGAAUCUAAAGAUAAAGUGCUUCAAGGAAUUCAGGAACUUUCGUCGCAUGAGUGUGGCAGAUUUGGAGAAGAUGAUAAGGCGAUCGGAGGUGUAGAGGUUAAGAUAAUGUCAAGACCGUGGAUGGCUUUGCUUAAAUUCCGAUCAAAAUUCGGCAUCAAUGAUUUUACAUGUGGUGGAACUCUUAUACACAAACGCUAUGUAUUAACCGCGGCUCAUUGCUUUAAUAACCAAGAAUUGUUAUAUGUUCGGUUGGGAGAGCACAACAUAACUUCAGAUACAGAUUGCGGACGCAACAGCCAGAAACUACACAUAUGCGCACCGCCUGUUCAGAAUUUGGACUUUGAACGGGUUUUCCUGCACGAGCAGUAUUCACAGCAAACUGCUCAUAAUGAUAUUGCUUUAGUGAAACUCAAAUAUGACGUGGAAAACACAGUAAGCAUUAAGCCCAUUUGUUUGCCGGUCGACGAGACUCUUCAAAAAAAUGUGGAAACAAUGUCAAUAUUCCGUAUAACUGGCUGGGGAAAAACCGAAUAUAAAUUGACGUCUAAAGUUCCACUAGAAACAGUUGUUACCAAGAAGGAUAUAAAAACCUGCCAAGAAUCCUUUACAAGGAAAAUAGUGCCGACUCAAAUAUGUGCUGGUGACCGCGGAAGGGAUUCCUGUAAUGGUGAUUCUGGUGGUCCAUUGAUAUUUCUAGAUUCAUUCAAUGGACAACAAUGCUUUGUACAAUUUGGAAUCGUCAGUUUUGGUUCAGUGAGUUGCGGAGAUGGCAAUCCAGGUGUCUAUACUAAUGUUGGAAGCUACGUUCCAUGGAUUGCUUAUAAAAUAGCCACCAAAUAGAUUGAGUUGUAAAUAUAUCAAUUCAAAAAUAAAUAUAAAUUGCAUGUAAGUUUAUCAAGGUAA